AUGAACGCCUACCAGAGCGCUUCCACACUCUCAGAUGCGCCUCCCGGCCAGGGUCAACUCCAACAGCUUCCCGGACGACCUGUGAUCGAUCUCAAGAAGAAGCUCGUCGUCGUCGGCGACGGAGGUUGCGGCAAAACAUGCCUUCUCAUCGUCUACUCUCAGAACAAGUUCCCCGAAGAAUACGUCCCCACCGUGUUCGAAAACUACGUACCCAUCAUCCAAUUUGAAGGCAAGACCAUCGAGCUUGCGCUUUGGGAUACAGCAGGUCAGGAGGAGUACGAUCGACUACGUCCGCUCUCGUAUCCGGAAUCUGACGUCAUCCUCAUCUGCUUCGCCGUGGAUUUCCCAACGAGCCUCGCAAAUGUCCAGGAUAAAUGGUUCCCAGAGAUCAAUCAUUUCUGCGAAGGAGUGCCGAUCCUACUGGUGGGGACAAAAACGGAUUUGAGGAAGGACAAGAACAGUUUGGCCAUGUUGCAGGCUCAGGGGACCAAACCGGUUACCGCUCAGCAAGGGCAGCAGGUGGCGGACGAGAUCGGAGCGAGCAGACAUCACGCCAGCAUCGACGGUAUCGGCGCGCGUAGCGGAGGGAAGGACAGGAUUCGACAUCGGGAGGGCUCGCCUGGACACAACUCGGCGGCCCCAUGUCGCAUCUCUUUCCCUCCCGUCCGGUGUUCGCUUCGUACGCAUCGUUGA